AUGACGGGACAACAUGAAUACAGCAAGAACUUCAUGGAGAAUGUCCGAUCUAUAAACAGUGCGCUAGCAUUUGCCUCCAUGGGAGCAAACAUAGUGCCACCACCAGGCCACGGGCCGUACUGCUUCCGAAUACACGGCACAAUUUGCCACCGAGCAGGCACGCUGCACCCACAGCAGGGCCAAGACAGACAAUAUGCGCAACUAUACAUCUUAGACCCCACAGAGGUCGCAGAAAGAAGAUUACAUAAUAAAUCCAACACAAAAAUCAACCCACAACUUAUGCAAGUUCUAAGUACAUGUUUUGAAGAAAACAAUCCCUUUGCUGAGGCUUGCAAGAUGCUACACCAAGUAGAAACAGAGUGCCAAGAGGACGCAGAACAGACAGGCGAAGCACUUAGGGAAGUAACCAUGACCAUAGUCCAAGACCGAGAAAAUGACCAAAGACGUUACAAUGCACCCCAGCAUAACGAGGUCGCAUUUAUAUUCAAAAAUAAUGACGGAGAGCCACCACUGGAAAGAUACCUACUAAUUCACUGUAAACCUAGAGCAGGCAACCCAGACCAUAACAUUACACAAAGAAUAAGUGUCCUCGAUCCCAACCUAGAACCCAUGGUAUACCCAUUACUAUUCCCCAGUGGAGAACAAAGCUGGGGGAUAGACAUACCUUUACAACUUAGGCCACAAGCCUUAAAGAAUUUAACAAAGCAACCAUGUGCACCAAGAGUACGAGUCACCCAGAUGCAGUACUAUGGCCACCGUCUAUCCAUCAGAGACAACUUUAACGCCUUCCUAAAUGCAGGCCGCCUUACGCAGCAAUACAUGGUUGAUGCAAAUGUAAAAACAGAGGCCAACAGACUCAAUUUCGUACGACACAAUCAGCCAAAACUGCGAGUCGAAAAAUACUCAGGUUUGAUGGACAACUUAAACGAAACAGCCAAUACAACAGGCCAACUUCCAGGAAAGACUUUUAUUUUGCCGUCCUCAUUUGCAGGUAGCCCAAGAAACAUGCUGCAGAACUAUCAGGACGCCAUGGCUAUUGUCAGAAAAUACGGAAAACCAGACCUCUUCAUGAGGUCUGUUACAAUGACACGCAACCCAAAGUGGAAUGAAAUUGAAGACAACCUAGAACAGGGCCAAACUGCUGCAGCAAGACCAGAUAUAGUGGCAAGAGUCUUCCACCUGAAACUUAGAUCCCUAAUUGAUGACAUCUGCAAAAACCAUAUAUUUGGCCCACCAACAGCCAUUGUAUAUGUCAUAGAGUUCCAAAAAAGAGGCUUGCCACAUGCCCACAUAUUGCUCAUCCUAACUGAACACUAUAAGCCAAAAACUGAAACAUCCAUCGAUGACAUAGUAUCUGCAGAAAUCCCGAACAUCGAAACAACACCACGCCUGCAUGAAAUAGUAACAAAGCAUAUGAUCCACGGUCCAUGCGGUACUCACAAUCGACAUUCACCAUGUAUGUCGAAUGAAAAAUGCACAAAAGAAUUCCCAAAAGAGUACCAAGAACAGACUAUUGCAAACAUCAACGGAUACCCCAAAUACAGAAGAAGAAACACCGGAAACAGCAAAAACCAGAGAGGAAAACCAAUAGAUAACAGAUGGGUUGUGCCAUAUAAUCCAUUCCUGGCCCUAAGGUAUAACUGCCACAUCAAUGUCGAAGUCUGCGCAUCAGUCAGGAGUGUAAAAUACCUAUUCAAAUAUGUCUACAAAGGCCACGAUUGCGCAAAAGUAGAAAUCCUAGAACCAGACACUUUGAACCAUGAUGAGAUCACAACCUACAUGGAUGCAAGGUAUGUCAGCGUGCCAGAGGCAGCAUGGCGACUAAAUGGAUUCGAAAUGCAUUACCAAUCCCAUAUAGUGCACAGACUGGCAGUGCGUCUCCCAGACGAACAAGCAGUAAUUUUCAACCCAGAAGACAUUGGCGCAGCAAACGACAGAGCAGCAAGCCGUGAAACACAACUGACAGCAUGGUUCAAAUUAAAACAGCAAGAUGAGAAGGCAAGACACAUAUUAUACACAGACAUCCCAGUAUAUUAUGUCUUUGACAAAGCAAACAGCACAUGGAAAAUUAGACAGCGUGGGGCAGAAAAAAUGAUUGGCAGAAUGUAUUCUGCGAAUUUGCAAACAGACCAGGAGCGCUAUUGCCUGCGCCUCCUACUGCUGCAUGUGUCAGGAGCAACAUCCUAUGGAAACCUCAGAAGCAUGGAUGGAAUUGAAUACCCAACUUUCCAAGAAGCAGCAAAAGCAAGAGGACUCAUAAACGACGAAACAGUGUGGGAAAGCACACUCAAAGAUGUAGCACAAUACAACAUGCCCACGCAAAUCAGAGAACUCUUCGCCUACAUCUGUGUCUUUGCAUCCCUCCAAAACAUGCAGGAGCUAUUUACAAAAUAUGAAGAAUACCUCAUCGAGGAUUAUGUCCAUAAACAUCUACAGCACAAUAAAGAAUGCACAGUAUGCCGUGACCUCGCCCUCCAGGAAAUUGCAAAAAUUUUAAAAAUCCAUGGAAAGAGAUGUGGAAAGACAUACUUAUACAAAACCAUACUCAACACAAUUCAUGGCCAGAGUGAACUCGCGCUCCCUGUAGCCUUCACAGGGAUAGCAGCAAACCUUCUACAAGGAGGCAGAACAUAUCACUCACAAUUCAAACUGCCAAUCCUAAGACUUCACAACAAUAUAAGAUCAAAAGACCCAGAAUUCAGCAAGUGGAUAAUCUCAGUAGGCAACGGAGAGACACCACACACUGAGGGAUUACAAGAAAACAUAAUUGAGAUCCCAUCAAGCAUCAUAUGCAGAACAGAUAUCGUGAGAGAAAUUUCCAGAGAAAAAAUACAAGUGCAGAACAUCCAACACAUAGCAAAGAGAUCCAUCCUUUGCCCAAAAAACAGUGAUGUAGACAGCAUCAAUGACCAGGUGCUCCGCAUAUUAGAGGGUGAACCAAUAACUUAUCUCAGUUCAGACUCCAUAGAUGACACCACUGAGGAAGAUGCCAAAAACUACCCAGCAGAAUUCCUGCAUGACCAAACACCCACAGGAAUGCCAAAACAUACACUCACCCUGAAAGAAGGCGUGAUAAUAAUGCUUCUAAGAAACCUAAACACAAAAAAAGGCUUAUGCAAUGGAACCCGCCUAAUUGCCACAAACCUGGAAAAGAAUAUCAUAAUAGCGCAAGUUAUUACAGGAUCAGCACAGGGAGACAUGGUCUUCAUCCCAAGAAUUGAUUUGGCACCAACAUGCACUGACCUGCCAUUCAUCUUAAGAAGACGACAAUACCCUGUAAAAUUAGCAUUUGCAAUGACAAUCAACAAGUCACAAGGACAAACCCUGGAAAAGGUCGGAAUCUAUUUGCCUGAACCCGUGUUCAGCCACGGACAAUUAUAUGUCGCGUUAUCAAGAGUGCAAAGUUUUGAAGACGUCGUGGUCAGGGUGCUGGAAGGGCCAGAACAAGGAAGACUAAUACCAGACUCAGAACAAAUAUUCACCAAGAAUGUGGUGUAUAAAGAAAUACUAUAA